AUGUCUAGAAAUAUGAUAACAGUACCAAGUGAAAUUGCAAGGAAAAGUUAUCUAUACCUUAAAGAGAAAAUAUCUUCAAACAAAAAAGCAACAAUUGUAAUAAUUGGUGGUUAUUUCAUAGUUGUGUGUCUAAUAGCGGUGGUGGUGACUUUUGUAACAUGUAACUCUGCUGUGACAGCAAAGAAAGAGGGUUUGUUUGUCAUUCCUUCAGGAAAUAUAAAGUUUAAUCCUAAUCAGAAGAGUACGUAUGAAGAGGAAAUAUCUUCUCUAAAUCAAUUUUUUAUAGACUACUACAAUGCUACCAAAGCUGAUGAUACACAGGUGAUUAGAUGUCCCCUAGGAUUUGAACCAAAUGCUACACAAGUCUGUAUUUUGCCAGAGCAAUACUUACAACUUGAUUGUAAUCCAGAAAAUGUUUGGAACUACAACACAACAGCUCCUUGCAUCAUAUUGUCUUACAAUGGGACAACUAAAUUUGAUCCUUACGAUGACAUUGAGGAAUUACCCAGCCAGAUGCCCGAUAUACUUAAAGAACAAAUUAAAGAGUUCGGGUACUUCUAUAAUAAUACCAUGCUAGAGGUUAUAUGGGUGUCUUGCACAUCCGGAAUAAUUUACUCCUACAAUCUUGGUUUCCCCAAAUACUUCUUCUCCAAUACAAACCUACCAGGCUAUCGGAAACCUAUAGUUGUAUUGCAGCUGAAUCUUGGCAAUGAAAUUAACACCAUAGUUGAAAUUACUUGCAAUAUGUGGGCCAAGGGUAUUGACAACGAGAAAAACUCUGAAACAUCAGUCAAAUUCACUGUAACCGUGGGAAAAAAUUACCAAGAAAUUUAA